UGGGGCAAAUAUGAUCGUCAAUCGUUGGAUUGAUUAUACGGUUUUUGCGUACGAACAGAGAAUCGAGAUCUGUUCUGUCUUCAUUCGAUCAAAGGCGAGUUCGAUCUGUUUCGAUACAUCGUUCACCAAUGAUACACGACCGUAUAUUGUGGAUACUUGUUAAAAUUAUAGAAAAUUUUCAAUGAAAUUUGACACAAUGAUCACCGGCUAUGAAGCUGAAAUUAUUUAUGAAGAACGAUGUCAAUAAACAUGUCAGCGUAGAGUAUAAAAUUUGUUUGUGCCUAAUUUCUCCAAGUGAUAUCGAAUAAAAGACUGGGUUGAGUGAAAUGUGAGGUAAUGAUGGAGCUGAGGAUCAGUAUUCUUCUUUUAACGCUUCUUCGUCUUGCCAGCACGCUCGAAAGUACGAAAGAAGAGGACGACGCCGAGGAAGAUGACGAGGAGAGUUAUCCUGUCGAAGAUUAUGACUAUGGUGAUUAUGAAACUGCUACUAUAACCAGUGAUACCGAUCUCAUCGCUGGCGGUUCUCUACCGAUUUUCUUGGCGGAGCCAGUCGAUACGUUUGUCGUCAAGGGGAAACCGGCGACGUUGCACUGUCGUGCCGCGCAUGCUCUUCAGGUGUAUUUUCGUUGCAACGGUGACCGGGCCGAACGUUCGCAGCAGCAGGAUUUCGUCGACCCUCGUACCGGAACGAGGGUCGUCGAGGUCGAGUUGAACGUGACAAGGAACGAGGUCGAGGAGUACUUCGGUAGGGAGAGAUUCAAGUGCGAGUGCGUGGCAUGGUCGGGACCAGGUCAAAUUCGAGGGCAGCCCGCUACGGUUGAGGUCGCCUAUCUGAAGAAGCACUUCCUGUCACCACCGUAUUCGCUGUCGGUGGAAGUCGGCCGCAAUGCGGAACUGCGAUGCUCACCGCCUUUGGGUGUACCAUCGCCAAAGGUUUAUUGGCUUAGGAAUGGCUCUCCUCUUGAGACGGCCGCCGCCGGCGCAACUUCCGCCUCCGCCGACGCGAACCCCAACGAGAUGUCCUCCGCGACUGGCUUUGUACAAUCCGCCGACGGGCAUCUGAUCCUCGGGGAAGCCGAAUUGAAGCAUCAAGGGAACUAUUCCUGCGUCGCUGAGAACAUCGCCGCGAGGAGAGUCAGCGAACCGGCGGUACUCACCGUCUACGUGAACGGCGGGUGGUCGUCCUGGUCCGGAUGGUCAGAGUGCAGUGUUCGCUGUGGUAGAGGCGUACAAAAGAGGAUAAGAACAUGUACAAAUCCUGUUCCAAUCAACGGCGGUCAAAUGUGCCCAGGGCCAGCUACACAAAGGGUAGAAUGCAAUCCUUCCUGCCCCGCGGUUGACGGCAGAUGGUCAACUUGGGCCUCGUGGUCCGCAUGCGGUCCCGAUUGUUCGAGAGUAAGGAGGAGAUCCUGCAAUGACCCCCCGCCGAGCAACGGCGGUCGUCCCUGUCAAGGCAAGGACGUCAUCGUCGAGUCUUGCUCCGCGGAUCGAUGUAAUGCCCUUGGGCAAGACGGGCCAAGAGUAUUCAAGGAAGCGACUAGAGCGGUCGAUUACAGAAAUAUCCUCGCAUUAUGGAUCACUUUGAGUUUAGCCGCGAUAAUUCUGGCCGUAACGACGAUUUUCUUCGUUCGCUUGAUGCGCCGGAAAGAGAGAAUGGAAGCGUUAUACGGCGUUGCGAGAUUGGAUUUUCGUCGUCCGGGUGAUCUCGCAAAAACAGUUUCGAAAAACGAGCGCUCGGUUUUGGCUACCGACAGACGUCUCGAGCACGUGAUUGACGAAUCGAACGCCACUAGGCUACCCAGAUCCUGUUCCGAGCAUCAUUAUGAUGUUCCGCAAUUGUCAUUACCGUCGACAACAAGACCAUCGCCAAGCUCCUCCGUAACCAGGUCUUCUUGCAAGAACUCGCAACGAGGGCGCGGCAUGUCGGAUAAUGAGGAGGGACGGUCUUCCCGGUCGACGUAUCAAGCGAAUCCAGAAAGCACAAACGAAGAUGACGAUGAACAGGACGAUGAUGAAAGACCAGAUGAGAAUGAACGGUCUGCGAUGGAUGACGGUAGUGGCUUCAUCGUGAGAGCCAUAAUCGAUGAGCAAGGCGCCCUUCUGGUCGUACCCGAAGUGGGCGUUUCGAUGUCGGUGCCGGAAGGUGCAAUCCCGCGCGGUCGUCGGCACAGUCUACAUCUCGCCGUACUUGGAGAAAAUUCCUUCAGACCGAAUCUUCCACCUGGAUUUACACUGCUGUCCGCCGUGGUGGCCUGCGGUCCCGCGAACGUUGAUCUCGUGAAGCCGGUGAUCCUCCAGUUUGAGCACUGCGCCGACCUAAGAACUGGAAAUUGGGAGCUGAGCCUGUGGUCGACAGAGAUCGAUCUAGAGACGCGUUCAAACAAUUCUACGAAUUCAUCGACGAGCUCGAGCGGUUCGCCGUCUGUGACGACGUGGCGCAAGGUGCUGAUGCUCGGUGGUGAUCCAACGAAUCUACCAGGUCAACCGUUCGCGCAACUCGAUCAUGCUGGUGUAUUCCUCGUCACGGAAACACCUAGCGUUUUCGCGGUAGCUGGAGAAAAUUCGGUGGUUGCACCCGGAUUGGCUAUAAAACGGCUUUGCGUUGCGAUCUUCGUGUCUCGCGAACGCGAUUAUAUAAGAUGCCACGUACUCGGAGACACCAAGGCAUCAUUCAAGAUCAUAAGCGAACGAGAACGUCAUUUGGGUAGCACUUAUAUCAGUCAUAAUAAUCUCGGAUUUCGCGCCAGCGGCACAUCGCUCUGCGUCGAUCUCGAAGACAGAGAGAGCGGUUUUGCCGAGCGACAGGAAGUACCUUACCGUCGCAUUUGGGCAUCCUCGAGGAUUAGUAUCCGGCGCUCCUUUAGGAUAGAAAAAGUUAUUGGCGACCUCAGACUUGGUUUUGAGCUUCGUGCUUGUCAACGUGGUUUUGAGGAUCAGGGCUUGCUUGUCAGGAUCGAUCUAGAUCAUGUAAAAAGGAAUAACAUGAGUGGAAAGAGAAACAAGACGGAAUCCUCUGUCGUUUUACGAGGAAAGAACUCAACGAGAUCCACAGAAUCCGUCAUACCGAGACCCUUCAGAUUUUCUAAGACGCUUAGAAAGCAACUAUGUCAAUGUCUAGAUCCGCCAAGUGCACGCGGUAAUGAUUGGCGAAUGCUAGCUCAGAGACUGCAAGUAGACCGAUAUGUCGACUACUUUGCAACAAAAGCGAGUCCAACGGAACAUAUUUUGGACUUGUGGGAAGCCAGGCACCGUGAAGCCACGGCUCUAGCGGAUUUACUGAAUCAUUUAAGACUGAUGGGACGCGUUGACGCAGCCAACGUACUCGAGAGUCGUUUGGGGCCAUGGAUCUAAAAGAUCAUGAAAAAUUUACACUGCCUAUAUAAGCGAACGAAACGCGAAUUUGUACUACAAGAGACAAAAGUUUUGUAAAUAAAGUAGCUAUUAAACGGUAUCAGUA